AGAAAAAUCAAAUCUCACACGUAAAAAUCGUUGCCAACUGUUGCUGUUUUUCUGGUUCCUCUCAGCUCUUCUUCUGUACCCAAAUGUUUCCAUAAUACCCCGAACAUCUCACCACAAUGGGAAAACCCAAAAGAAAGUUAUGACCUCGAUAAUCUUCCCUAAUUCAAAUCCCAAAUUGUUUACAAAAACCCUAAAAACUCUCCCCCCCCAAUUCAAUGAUCAUAAUAUCUAAAUAGACUCUACCGCAACAUAUAAAGGAAUCUACCCAAUUUCUCCGAGAAGGCUCUUGCUGUUUUCGAUUUCUCUCUGUGUGUGUGGAGAAAUUGAAGCUUGAUCCAAAUGGGUUUGCUGUUGCUGUUGCUGUUGCUGUUGCUGUCACAGUGUGGGGCUGUGCAGCCCCAGAGCGAGGACCAGCCAGCCAUGGAAGAUAUCCUGAAAAGCUUGACGUCCAAACUACCGGCCAAGUGGAAGUCCGGCACCGAUUGCUGCACCUGGGGCGGAGUCUCGUGCGACAAUAGCAACAGGGUAACCGGCCUCGUCAUCAAGGAGUUAAAUCUGACGGGUACACUCAGUCCGUCGGUUCGAAACCUCACGUCGUUGCAGAAUCUGCAAUUUAUGCGGAACAAACUCACGGGAGGCUUCCCGAGUCUCAAAGGCCUCGGUUCGCUCCAGCAGCUUUACGGCAACGAGAACGGCUUCACUUCUUUUCCGGCGGGUGAUUUCUUCUCCGGCCUUUCUUCCCUUCGGCAAAUCUUCAUCGGUCAGAAUCCCUUCUCCCCGUGGCAGAUUCCGGAGAGCAUCAAAGACGCCUCGAGCCUGACGACAUUUUUAGCCGGUGGAGCCAACAUUACAGGUAGAAUCCCGGAUUACUUUAACUCCACCUAUAUGCCGAGUUUGACAGACUUGGAUUUGGAUUCGAAUCAGCUCCAAGGCGGGUUGCCUUGGAGUUUCGCUGGUUCCAUUAUCAAGACACUUAGGUUGGAGAACAAUGAGCUUAGCGGCACUCUUGAUGUGUUACAGAACAUGACCGAGCUGAAUGAAGUUCAUUUAAAUAGGAAUAAGUUCACAGGUCCUUUGCCAGAUUUUUCCAACUUCAACAACUUAACAUUCUUUGACGUGAGGGAUAAUCAGCUCACUGGUGUUAUUCCUUCUUCAUUGCUGAAUCAACCCUCCCUAGCCAAUGUUACGUUGAGCAACAAUUUGUUUCAGGGCCCCAAGCCCAAGUUCAAGAGUGGUGUUGGGUUGGAUAUGGAUAUAGGGAAUAUGUUUUGCAAUCCUAAUGUCGGUCAAGAUUGCGAUCCCCGUGUUGAUAUAUUGCUUUCGAUUGCCAGAGACAUGGGCUACCCUACUACGUUUGCACAAAAUUGGAUGGGGAAUGAUCCUUGUGCUGCCAAUGGUGGUUCUUGGCUUGGCUUGACAUGUUCAGGAGGGAACAUUACCAGAAUCAACUUUGGUAAAAGGGGCCUGGCAGGUACAAUAUCCUCUAACUUUUCCUUGCUUACAUCGUUGACAGAUUUGAGACUCAAUGAUAAUGUCUUGACUGGGACUAUACCUGUGGAGCUUACGAAACUUCCAAACCUUAAGAAUGUAGAUUUCUCAAACAAUAGACUCUAUGGUAAAAUACCACAGUUUCAAGAUGGUGUUGUUGUGAAAUUAGAGGGAAACCCUGACAUAGGUAAGGACCAGCCUAGCACACCUACGGGUCCGGGUCAGCCUAGCACACCUCCGGCUCCGGGUCCUAAUGGUGGAGGUGACAAGAAAUCCCAGACUGGUGUGAUUAUUGGGGUUGUUGUCGGAUGUAUUGUUGGAUUGGUUCUAGUUGGGGUUCUCGUCUUUUGUAUGGUGAAGAAAAAACAGAGGCGUUCUGGUAAAGUGCAAAGUCCAAACUCGUUGGUUAUACACCCUCGUCAUUCUGGUGAUCAAAAUGCUGUCAAAAUUUCAGUUGCUAAUAGGUUAAAUAGCAGUGGAAAUGAGUCUUACAAUAGUCCCCCAAAUAAUGGACCUAAUGACAUCCAUGUUGAGGCUGGAAAUAUGAUCAUUUCUAUCCAAGUUUUGAGGAGUGUGACCAAUAACUUCAAUGAAGAUAAGAUAUUGGGAAAAGGUGGGUUUGGAACUGUGUAUGGAGGAGAAUUGCAUGAUGGAACAAAAAUUGCAGUGAAGAGAAUGGAAUCUGGUGUGGUAGCUGAGAAAGGCCUGCAUGAGUUCAAGUCUGAGAUUGCAGUUCUUACUAAGGUCCGACAUCGUCACUUAGUGGGACUUCUUGGAUAUUGUUUGGAUGGGAAUGAGAGGCUUCUUGUCUAUGAGCACAUGCCGCAGGGGACUCUUAGUAGACAUUUGUUCAACUGGAAAGAAGAAGGGCUGGAGCCACUUGAAUGGACUAGAAGACUGACCAUUGCCUUGGAUGUUGCGAGAGGGGUUGAAUACCUGCACGGUUUGGCCAACGAAAUUUUCAUUCAUAGAGACCUUAAGCCUUCUAAUAUAUUACUUGGAGAUGAUAUGCGGGCAAAAGUGGCAGACUUUGGAUUGGUUCGUCUUGCUCCAGCAGGGAAAGCCUCUAUAGAGACGAGACUAGCAGGAACUUUUGGUUAUUUGGCUCCAGAAUAUGCAGCAACCGGACGGAUGACACUCAAGGUAGAUGUGUACAGCUUUGGUGUAAUAUUAAUGGAGUUGAUCACUGGUAGAAAGGCAAUUGACGAAAGCCAGCCUGAGGAGAGUUGUCACCUAGUGACAUGGUUUCGUAGAAAGCUCAUUAAAACAGAUGCACUCCCUGAGAUUGUUGAUCCAACCAUUGAUGUCAAUGAGGAAACUCUUUCUAGUAUAAGCACGGUGGCUGAGCUUGCCGGUCAUUGCAGCGCAAGGGAGCCGUACCAAAGGCCUGACAUGGGUCAUGCAGUCAAUGUACUUUCAUCACUUGUUGAGCAGUGGAAACCCUCUAAACAAGAAGAUUUUGAUGACAUGGAUGCAAUCAACUUUGAUGUGCCACUAAAAGAAGCAGUAAAGAGGUGGCAGGCUGCUGAGGGCAAAAGCAACAUCGAUGACUCUUCAUCUUCGUCAAUAUUUCCUAGCGGGGAUACUACCCAGACCAGCAUACCUAACCGGCCUUCUGGAUUUGCUGAGUCUUUUACAUCAUCAGAUGGGCGGUAAAGACAUUGAAAGUUACCUUGUGGCUUGUGGUGUUGUUUUUUUCCUUCUGCUCCAUGUUUGCUCUUGUGCUUUCCUGAUCUGACGGGGGAUACAUUUUUUUCCCAUCUUUUGAGUCAGAGUAGUUUAGAUUAGGGAUAAUGUUAGUGAUUGUUGUUUUAGCCAUGUCGGACGUGUUUCGUUACAAGGAGUCGAGGAAUACUUAUUCUGGGAA